CUUGUUGGUGCCUUCCCUGUCUGACUCUGUAUAGUCCUACCUACCAUAUCGUAACCCCCCAUAUACUUAGACUCUGAUCGCCAUCACUAUCUCUACAGCUCUACAGUUUACAAGUUCAAAACACCCCCCCCCCCUUUCGCUAGAUCGCAUCUAGCCAUGCUUCGAUACAAGCCUACGCGGGUCUCGCUGGGAGAGGAGGAUCUCCGGUACCAUCUGGAAAGGCUGUUGUCGCGCCAUUCGCACAUGGCCGAGUGGCAUCAACAGGACCUCGACCAGACCGGCUACAGCGACGACGAAGCGGCCUUUCUGGAUUCCGACCCCUUCUCCUCGCCCGAUCCCUCCUCCUCUGACUCGUUGUUCUGUGGCUCUGACCAGGCCUACUUUUCCGACCAAGGCUUUGAGCAGGCCAGCUACAACCGAGACAGCACCGAGCCCAGGGCUUCAACCUCCAGCACCAGCACCGGGGCCAAAUGGGCUCCCCCGCGGCCACCGACCCCGGCAGCGCGGGGGUUUCGCGGUGUCCAGGAGGGUCAGGGCGUGUCCCCCCGGCAUUCACUGCUCGCUGCCAGCAUAGAGGCUGACCCACCCCUCUCUUUGGCCUGGACAAAGGCGCGUCGAAGCUGGGUCCCGCACAAACACUCCUUCUCUCACUCUCACCCCCUUCUCUUGCAGACCGUGGAGUCAGAUCACGGAGCCGGCCUUCUGAGUUCGGUGGUCACGACUAGUCCGUUGCUUCUCACAGACACUCCCCACAGGCAGCAUCAACAGAGGCAAACCGGUGAGUCCAAACAAAGCACGGACGCAGAUUGACAGUGAGGCUGACCGGCUCCUUCUAGAGAACUUGAGACAGGCGUACCUGAGAGCCCGGGCGGAGGCCAAGGGGCUUGGUGCAACUCUUCAUCUGGAGAUCGAUCUUGGGUCCACAGAUAUCGGUUCGCUGGUAAAUAGCAGAAAGAUCGCCGAUCUCGCGUUACGCACCUCUCAGAGUGC